AAAAAAGUGUUCAGAUUGGAAGGUGUUUGGAUUAGCCAGGUGUUCAGAUACACAGGUUCUACUGUAUUACUAUCAAUUUAACAUCCAGCUGAGCAAGAAACCUGAGAAGAUCUCUUGUUUUAGGAAUAAUCAAUUUAAUGAAGAAGAACUUGUCAUAUUUAGCCUUGAUGUUUACCCUUUGCAAAAGUUUAUCACACACUUUAAAUUAUUGAUAAUUCUACAAUCUAUCCUACAGUGUGUUCACUAUCUAAGCACCUCACUCAUUUUUCAAGUCAUACAUAUACAGAUAGCAAUUCAUAAUAUGCAGUCAGAAAUCAGCACACUUUCCUACCCUUUUCUACCUAUAGGCAGCUGACCUCAAUUUCACAUUCAAACUCCCAUGAAAACCCAUGAAAGGUACAUUUGAGAUCUUAACAGCAUUAUGGUACUUGGUGUUCUAUACCAGUAAUUCUAUCAAUACAUUAGGUCCAGCAAUAAAGGCAAGUGGAGUUGAAGAUCGUGUUGCAUGUAUUCAUUGCUCUCUAGAACACUCAGGAAAUGAAGAAUGGGGAAACAAAUUACCGAGAUACCUCAGAAGUCAAACACACAAUCUCUGUAAUAAUUGGCCUAGAAUCAAUGGUAGCAUCCCUGAUAAUAAUAAUAUAUUUGUGCCUAACUUGUUGACAUGAUUUUAUAAGUUAUUUUGGAAAACAUAUUUUGGAUUUUCUUGACUUUCUUGUUUGGACUAAGUAGAUUCUAGACAAAACAUACUUUUACAUAUACUCCUCAUUUAAUUUAUGUCAUCUGUUACUUUCCUAGAUUUAAUUCAAAAUGUUACGCCACUUAUAUAUAGG